AGGUCAUAACUCAUGAGAAUAACAUAAAAUAAAGGCAACACUCGUGAGUCGUGACGAGUCACAUUCAUUACUCAUUAGUAAUAGGUGGAACACUACAACAAUAUAUAGUAAUAACCAAAUUACUUUUAAGUUUUAAUCAACUCGUGCCAUAUAAAUUGAAAUUUAGUUUAUGAAAGAAUAACAGAUAGAGUAUUUCAUAAUGAGUAAAACAGCAACAUAUUCAGAUGAACAUUUAUCAGAAAUGCAAGAAGCAUUCCAGUUGUUUGAUAUACGAGGAGACAACAAAAUACAUAUAUCACAAAUUGGAAAUGCUUUACGAGCUCUUGGUCAAAAUCCAACUGAAUCGGAUGUUAAUAAAUUUACACAACAGCAUAAAGCAGAUGAAAGAAUAACAUUUGAAGUGUUUUUACCCAUUUACCAAGCAAUUUCCAAAAAUCGUUCAUCAAACACUGCUGAUGAUUUUAACGAAGGAUUACGUCAUUUCGAUAAAGAUGGGAAUGGAUACAUUUCAUCGGCCGAAUUGCGACACCUACUCACUAGUUUAGGUGAAAAGUUAACAGAUGAUGAAGUAGAACAAUUAUUGGCUGGACAGGAAGAUUCCCAAGGCAAUGUGUCUUAUGAAGAAUUUGUCAAUAUGGUUAUGUCUGGAUAAUUUCUGGAUUUAAAUGCUUAUUAAUUAUGUAUUCAAUAUUUAGUUAAUAAAAAAAGAACUAUAAUUGUGAUACUAUUUAAAACAAACCAACAAACAUAUUAUGCUUAAACUUUUUAACAAUUUUUUUAUUAUUAUUUAACUUAAUAAUUACCUUGCGUAUGCAUUUAAAAUGACUGAUCGUAUUGAGUAUUAUUCUUUUUUCUAACUACCAUUCUCUAUUAUUUUACUAUAUAUUUAUUAUAUUUGUAUGAGUACUUAUUUUUUAUUAUAUAUUAUUUAC